GUUAAAAUGUACAGUGGAGGCGGUUUUAUUGGAGAUACGUAUAGUGGAGGAUAUGAACCUAAUGGCAUCACUUACUACGAUCCUGGAGAUUUUGAUGACUAUUAUGAUCAAGAAAUAGACGAGUUCCUUCUUGAUCCAGCUUGGGAAAAGCAACAAAAGAAAACCUUUACAGCUUGGUGCAACUCGCAUCUGAGAAAGGCAUCCACUCAAAUCGAUGAAUUGGAAAAUGAUCUACAGAAUGGACUCAAACUUAUGUUGCUUUUGGAGAUUCUCUCUGGCGAACGUCUUCCGGCUCCAGAUCGGGGCAAAAUGCGGUUCCACAAAAUAGCCAACGUGAAUAAGGCAUUAGAUUUCAUCAACAGAAAAGGAGUUCAGUUGGUAUCAAUUGGAGCCGAAGAAAUUGUGGAUGGAAAUCUGAAAAUGACCUUGGGAAUGAUCUGGACUAUCAUUCUUAGAUUCGCAAUUCAGGACAUUUCUGUCGAAGAAUUGAGUGCGAAGGCGGGUCUGUUGCUCUGGUGUCAAAGAAAAACUCAGCCGUACAAAAAUGUCAACGUGCAGAAUUUCCAUAUGAGCUUCAAGGACGGUCUAGCGUUCUGCGCUUUGAUCCACAAACACCGCCCGGAACUUAUAGAUUACCACUCGCUACGAAAGGAUGACCCUUACACGAAUCUGAAGACAGCCUUCGAGGUGGCUGAGAAACACCUGGACAUCCCCAUCAUGUUGGAUCCAGAAGACAUCAUAGAGACAGCUAGACCGGAUGAGAAGGCAAUCAUGACCUAUGUGUCCUGCUACUACCACGCCUUCUCAGGGGCUAUGAAGGCAGACACAGCUGCCAGUAGAAUCACGAGGGUGUUGGAUUUUCACCACGACAACGAGAAGAUGAUGGAAGACUACGAAAGACUCGCUUCUGAGCUGCUGAAGUGGAUCAACGCGACUGUGCCGUGGCUACAGCAGAAGCGAAUCAGUGAUGGUCCCUCUACUCUGGCAGCAGUCCAGGCCAAACUGGAGGAGUUCAGACACUACAGACGAAGUGAGAAGCCUCCGAAGGUACAGGACAAGUUGGACCUGGAAACGAAAUACAACACACUGCAGACUAAACUGAGACUGAACAACAAAAGUGCCUUUUUGCCAUCCGAGGGAAAACUAGUCGCCGACAUUGUUCACGCAUGGAAAGGCUUGGAAGUUGCAGAAAAGGGAUUCGAAGAGUGGCUUCUAGCUGAAAUGAGAAGACUAGAGCGCCUGGAACAUCUGGCAGCCAAAUUUGCAGUGAAAGCGAACAGUCAGGAGUCAUGGAGUACUGGGAAGGAGGAUGAGUUGAGUGGGGCAGUGACUGCGAGACAGUUGCAUGAGGUGCGUGCUCUCAGGAGAAGACACGAGGCAUUCGAGAGUGACCUCACAGCCCAUCAGGACAGGGUGGAACAGAUUGUGGCCAUUGCUGAGGAACUGAAUGCUCUUGGCUACCAUGACGCUCCGGCUAUCAACCAGAGAUGUCAGCGAAUCUGUGACACGUGGGACCUGCUGGGGGAACUGAGUGGCAAACGGAGACACACUUUAGAGGAUUUGGAGAAAGCGAUGGACAGAAUUGAUCAGUUGCACCUAGAAUUCGCCAAGAGAAUAGCACCAUUUUACAACUGGGUAGACAGUGCAUGUGAGGACUUGACAGACAUGUUCAUAGUGCACACAGUGUCAGAGGUCACUGACCUAUUACAGGCCAAUGCCCACUUCAAACAGACACUGCCUGAGGCAGAGACAGAGUACAAUGCCAUAUGUCAGCUGCAGUCUGAAGUGCAGAGAUUCGCACAGAGUCACAACCUGGCGGGCCAUGCAGUGUCCAAUCCGUACACAGUGAUCCAGCUGAGUGCUCUGAGUGGCAAGUGGAGUGACAUGAUGUCCCUGGUGCCCCUGAGGGACAGGAAUCUACAGCACGAACUCAGUCGCCAGGAGAACAACGAGCGCCUGCGUCUCCAGUUCGCCCAGAAGGCCAACGGUGCCGGACCCUGGAUUGAGAAGGCGAUCGAGUCAGUGACUGCCGUCCACACUCAGAUGACGGGCACUCUGGAUUCACAACUGGCCAAGUUGAAGCAGCACCAGACUGCUGUCUAUCAGUACCAGCCAAACAUAGACCAGAUGGAGAGUGUCAAUCAGCAAAUUCAAGAGAGCAGGGUCUAUGACAACCCGCACACGCCCUACACCAUGGAGAUGUUGCGUAUCAGUUGGGAGCAGUUGGUGACUAGUGUGUCGAGGAGUGUGAAUGAGUUGGAGAACCAGAUCAUGACCAGGGAGGCCAAGGGCAUCACGGAGGCACAGUUGCAGGAGUUCAAAGCAUGCUUCAACCACUUCGACAAGAAGCGGUCUCUUCGUCUGCCCCAGAAGGACUUCAAAUCGUGUCUCCUCAGUCUCGGAUACAACAUCGCCGACGACUUCCGAGGCAAUGAGGAGAUGAAGCGCAUCCUGAAGAUAGUGGAUCCGAAUGGCUAUGGGUACGUGACGUUCCAGGCCUUCCUGGACUUCAUGACGAGGGAGACUGCACAAGUGGACACUGUUGAACAAGUGAUCGAGGCAUUCAGAGUACUCGCCAACGACAAACCGUACAUCAUGCCGGAUGAGUUGAGACGGGACUUGCCCCCGGUCCAGGCCGACUAUUGCGCCCAAAGGAUGCCCCCCUACCAGGGCAGAGGAGACGCACCUCAGGGGGCACUGGACUACGCCACCUUCACCUACUCACUAUUCGCUCACAGGUGAACAGAUAACAGCAGAGAUAGAUACAAUAAGAACGGACCAAUCAGAUAUGACUGCAAAUAAUGUUGACUGGAAAAAGAACCAAUCAGAAAGGACUACGAAUGAUAAAGAAAAAAAAAGAAAAGUAAAAAGUCAAAUCAGAUGCGACUUUAAAUAACAAAAAAUGAGCGGACCAAUCGCGAACAAGUAUUUUUAGCUGAAAUACCGAAAAUUGACAAACGAUAGAUUGCAUUGUUCGAUAACUUUGCAAGAUAAUUGAUGUAAACGAAAAGUGCAAUUACUUAAAACUAUUUUCAAUAAACUGGCAAUAAUUGUGAAACUGUUAAUUGUGCUAUUAAAAUUCGGUUUUGAUCUUUAGUAGCUCGAAUGAUAGGCUGUUCUCAGCAAUUGUAUAGUGGCAAUGGUUAAACAGGAUUGUAAAUGAAUUUCACAAUUAACUUACCUAUCUGGGAACAGUUUUAGGGAGCAAACUACUUAUUUGGGGUCUAUUUUCAUGAAAGAAAGACCGAAUGCCUGAAAAAGUCUCAAAAUAUUAGCAAACAUCAAAACUGACUUCAAAACUCCUAAAAAGUC